CUCAAAAGAAGAAGAAGCCGUCCCCUUGUUGUAUCUUUAUCGUAUUUUUAGCUAACCAUGUUGGCGGUUGUAAAGAGUAUGAAGCCAGUGUGAGCAGUGUAUUCACCGUCUAAUGUUGUGUCACUUCAGAGGUGAUAAACUUCUUCAAACAUGGUGCAGCUGCAUGUGAAGAGAGGAGAUGACAGCCAGUUUCUUUUUAACACCACCGUGGACGCUCCUCUGGUGACGGUGAUCCAGCAAAUAACAGCCAUUUACAACGGGAGACUCAAAGUGGACAGAAUAUGUUCAGAGAUCCCUGAGCUCGCAGAUCAUGGCAUUUCUCUCCCACCAAACAUGCAGGGGCUUACGGAUGAGCAGAUAGUGGAACUGAAACUGAAAGAUGAAUGGGAAGACAAAUGUGUGCCCAGUGGAGGGCCAGUAUUUAAGAGGGAUGAACUUGGGAGAAGGAACGGACAUGCUCCAAAUGAUAAAAUGAAAGAGGUGUUGAUGAAGACAGUGGAAGAAGCAAAGGCACUAAUAUCAAAAAAACAAGUCCAAGCAAACAUUUGUGUCACUAUGGAGAUGGUUAAGGAAGCGCUGGAUCAGCUGAGGGGGGCAGUAAUGAUUGUGUACCCCAUGGGGUUGCCUCCCCACGACCCCAUCAGGAUGGAGUUUGAGGACAAGGAAGAUCUUACAGGAACACAGGCAUCUCUGCAGGUGAUCACGGAGGACGAAUGCCAGCUCUGGUGGGCUGCCAAAGAGAUGCAGAGAGGGAAAAAACUGCAGGACUAUAUUGGCAAAAAUGAAAAGACAAAACUUGUGGUCAAAAUCCAGAGGAAAGGACAGGGGGCACCAGCGAGAGAGCCCCUCGUCACUGAUGAGCAGCAUAAACAGAUGAUGAUGAAUUUCUACAGAAGGCAAGAGGAGCUCAAGAAACUGGAGGAGGCAGAUGAUGACAGCUACUUGGAUUCAGAGUGGUCAGACAGACAGGCGCUCAAAAAACAGUUUCAAGGCCUCACAAACAUCAGAUGGGGACCAAGAUGAAAAAAACAUCCUCUUAGAAUUUCUUCCUUUGACUGCUGCUCUGAAGUUGUACUUUACAGUCCAGCAUACAACAGAGACAAGAAGCCUUCUCAUCAUUUUAAAAAAAUCUUUACUGCUGGUUUUAUUGGUGCUCUUGCAAGGAAUAUUAUAUACAGCCAGUGUGUUCAUAUGCCUUGUUUCUAGACUAAACCUCCACACAUUUUUUCUGCACUGAAAUAUGAAGAAAAUCUCUGGACAGAUAAAUAAGACUAACUAGGUAUUUCUGAUUUAUUCAACUUAAAUCUGAUUCCUGGGUUCCAUCACAGAUGUUUUUACUCUUUAUUUUAAAAAUGUACAUCUUAGUUGAAGCCGUGAAUGCAAAAUUAAAUUUAAGUUUGAUCUACA